AGCCAUUUUCUUCUCAGCUUACCCUUUCUUAAAUUUUAUUAUAAGGAAGACCGUUGGCACAUACAAGAGCCAAGAAGACUUCAGCGUAGACCCAACUACCCCAAAAAAUCAACCGGCCAUGGUGGUUGGAACGGAGAAACUGGAGUCGGCUGCGGAUCAAGGUGGCGAGAUACUGAAGCCACGUACGGACAAGAGAGAAUAUCGGAGGAUUGUUCUCAAGAACUCUCUUGAGGUGUUGUUAAUCAGCGAUCCUGAGACUGAUAAGUGUUCUGCUUCAAUGAACGUUAGCGUGGGAUCGUUCUCUGACCCGGAAGGAUUGGAUGGGCUAGCUCAUUUCCUUGAGCAUAUGCUGUUUUAUGCAAGUGAAAAAUAUCCAGAGGAAGAUAGUUACUCCAAAUACAUUACUGAGCAUGGAGGGAGGACAAAUGCUUCUACAUCCCGUGAAAACACAAACUACCAUUUUGAUAUCAACACAGACUCUUUUGAUGAGGCAUUGGACAGGUUUGCACAGUUCUUUAUCAAACCACUGAUGUCGGCUGAUGCCAUCAUGAGGGAGAUCAACGCUGUGGACUCUGUGUCUUGUCUUCCUUUUAUGUUCACACAGUUAAAGAAGCAUCUAAGUAGAAAAGACUAUCCAUACCACAAAUUUAGCACAGGGAACAUGGAUACUCUUCAUGUACGACCUGAGGCAAAAGGAAUAGAUACAAGGAGUGAACUUAUUAAGUUCUAUGACAAGCACUAUUCCGCCAGUAUCAUGCAUCUGGUUGUAUAUGGAAAGGAAAGCCUUGAUAAAACUCAAGAUCUAGUGGAAGAGAUGUUCCAGGAAAUACGAAACACCAACAAGAGUAUCCCUAAAUUUCCUGGUCAGCCGUGUACUCCGGAUCAUUUGCAGGUUCUUGUGAAGGCUGUUCCUAUAACGCAGGGUCACAAGCUUACUGUGUCGUGGCCUGUAAUACCUAGCAUUCAUCAUUAUGAAGAAGCACCAUGCAUGUACCUUGGCCAUCUAAUUGGUCAUGAAGGCGAAGGAAGUUUGUUUCAUGCGUUAAAAACGUUAGGUUGGGCAACUAGACUGUAUGCCGGUGAAGCAGACUUGACUAUGUGGUAUUCUUUCUUCAAUGUCUCAGUUGAUCUUACUGAUGCUGGCCAUGAGCAUAUGCAAGAGAUUUUAGGUUUGCUGUUCAGACAAAUUAAGCAUUUACAAGAGUCUGGUGUUUCCCAGUGGAUUUUUGAUGAGGUAUUUGGUAUAAUUAACCUUGAUUCAGUGUCCUUAAAGAGCUUGAUACAUUUUUAUAUUCUGUUGUUGUUGAAGCUCUCUGCUAUUUGUGAGGCGAAAUUUCAUUAUCAAGCCAAAAGAGACCCCGUUUCUUAUGCCAAAGCUAUUUCUAGAAACAUGAAGAUAUACCCAACCAAGCAUUGGCUCGUUGGAUCAUCACUACCUUCAAGAUUUAAUCCAGAUAUUGUACACAAGGUUCUAAACGAGCUUACUCCAAGCAAUGUUAGAAUCUUUUGGCGAUCAAAGAAAUUUGAAGGACAGACUGAUAAGAUUGAGCCAUGGUACAACACUGCUUAUUCUUUUGAGAAUAUAAAUGAAUUCACCAUUCAGGAAUGGGUGAAGUCUGCCCCGGAUGUAAAGCUGCAUCAACAAGUACCCAAUGUCUUUAUUCCUACAGAUUUUUCAUUAAAGGAUGUUAAAGAUAAGAACAUCUUUCCUGUUUUGUUGAGAAAGACAUCAUUCUCAAGAUUGUGGUACAAACCUGAUACAAAGUUCUUCAUACCGAAGGCCUAUGUAAAGAUAGAUUUCAACUGCCCCCUUGCAAACACUUCUCCUGAUGCUGUAGUUCUUUCAAACACUUUUGUUUGGUUGCUGGUGGACUAUUUGAAUGAAUAUGCUUAUUAUGCUCGGGCUGCUGGUCUUAACUAUGGAUUAAGUCUUUCAGGCAAUGGUUUUGAGCUCUAUCUUGGUGGCUUUAAUCACAAGUUGAGGAUCUUGCUGGAAGCUUUUAUGCAAAAGAUAGCAAAAUUCGAAGUUAAACAUGACAGAUUUUAUGUUAUCAAGGAAACAAUCACCAAGGCAUACGAAAAUAUCAAAUUCCAACAGCCAUAUGAGCAAGCAAUGAGUUACUGCUCAAUGGUUUUACAAGUUCGCACUUGGCCUUGGACAGAGAAACUAGAUGCUCUCACUCAUUUGGAGCCUGAAGACUUAGUGAACUUCGUUCCCAUGUUGUUAUCAAGGACAUUUGUUGAGUGUUACAUAGCAGGAAAUGUUGAGAAGAAUGAAGCUGAGUCAAUGGUCAAGCAUAUUGAAGAUGUUUUAUUUAACGACCCAAAACCUAUUUCUCGUCCGAUAUUUCAAUCCCAGUCCACGACAAAUAGGGUUGUAACGCUGGGAACAGAAAUGAAGUACUUUUAUCAUCAAGAAGGCUCAAACCCUAGUGAUGAAAACUCUGCUUUAGUGCAUUAUAUUCAGGUUCAUCAAGAUGAAUUUGCCAUGAAUAGUAAACUUCAGCUUUUCCGUCUCAUCGCAAAGCAAGCCACUUUUCACCAGCUUAGAACCGUGGAACAACUUGGUUACAUCACUUCACUUUCUCAGAGCAACCACACUGGUAUCUAUGGUGUACAGUUCAUUAUCCAGUCUUCAGUUAAGGGUCCUGGACAUAUUGAUUCAAGGGUUGAGUCACUACUCAAGGAUCUUGAGAGUAAACUUCACAAGAUAGGCGAUGAAGAAUUUAAGAGCAAUGUAACAGCUUUGAUAGACAUGAAGCUUGAGAAACACAAGAACUUGAACGAGGAAUCUUUGUUUUACUGGCGAGAGAUUAAAAACGGGACAUUCAAGUUCAACCGCAUAGAAGAAGAGGUGGCUGCACUAAGAGAGCUAAAGAAGGAAGAACUGAUAGAUUUCUUUGACGAGUACAUAAAGGUUGAUGCACCAAAGAAGAAAUCGCUGAGCAUAUGCGUUUAUGGAAGCCAGCACUUGAAGGAAAUGAUGUCUGACAAAGACAAAGUUGCAUCACCAUUCAUAGAAAUUGAAGACAUUGUCGGUUUCAGAAAGUCUCAACCACUUUAUGGGUCGUUGAAAGGAUGGAGCCAGAUGAAACUCUAA